CGCCUCACCUGGAGCGAGCUGUUCGUGCUCAACGCGGCCCAGUGCUCCAUGCCCCUGCACGUGGCGCCGCUGCUGGCCGCUGCGGGCCUCCACGCUUCGCCCAUGUCCGCGGACCGCGUCGUGGCCUUCAUGGACCACAUCCGCAUCUUUCAGGAACAGGUGGAGAAGCUCAAGGCGCUGCACGUCGACUCUGCCGAGUACAGCUGCCUCAAAGCCAUCGUGCUGUUCACGUCAGAUGCCUGUGGCCUGUCGGAUGCUGCCCACAUCGAAAGCCUGCAGGAAAAAUCGCAGUGUGCACUGGAGGAAUAUGUGAGGAGCCAGUACCCCAACCAGCCCAGCCGCUUUGGCAAGCUGCUGCUGCGGUUACCCUCUCUCCGCACCGUGUCCUCCUCGGUCAUCGAGCAGCUCUUCUUCGUCCGCUUGGUAGGUAAAACCCCCAUCGAAACUCUCAUCCGAGACAUGCUGCUGUCGGGGAGCAGCUUCAACUGGCCUUACAUGUCCAUCCAAUGCUCCUAGACCCGGGGGUUUCCACCCGCCCCUGGACCCCACCCCCUAGAGACUAAGAGGACUCACCAAGACCAAGGACUCAAAAGCCUUGGGGAUGUGGUAUGAUGGGCCAGGCAGGCCAGGCAGAGGGGAGGAGGGCUGGGGACAAGAGCAGCUACGCUGCAGGAAUGCAGUCUGAGCUGAGAACUAGGAGGAAAAAAGACUUACUUAGGGUCUGAUGUAUAAUGUAAGUACAUUGGAGAGGAAAGAAAAGCACCUCGUGUCUGGUGAGAAAAUGAAAACAAAUUUUUCGAAGAGAGGACCGUGAGAAAUUUAAUAAAAUAGAAGGACUCUAAUGGACCUUCCAGGAUUUAUUGUGGAUGGAUGUGGAUAUAUUCUGUACAGAAAACAACUCAUAUGGAAGUGGACUGAAUCCUAUGUAGAAACACACACACUGAACAUUGUUAUUCAUUUUGUAAAAUACUAGUCUUUAUUUUCAUUUUUUUGUAAAAUUUAAACAUCGUAUGCGCAUAAAGAAAAAGGAACAAGAUUAGGGGAAAUAACAUUUUCCCAAUAAUUAUAAAAAUGUCCUGUGUCUAUCUAUCUCUAUCUGUUUUGUAUUUUUUCUGGUUCCAAACCAGAUUUCCUGUGAUUCUAUACUAAUAAUUUUUGAUAUAACCCUUUGCUUCUUAUAAUGAGUGCGAUAUAUGUUGUCGAGGCUGUUCUUCAAGAAUUAAAAUUGAAGUGAAAAUUUAAACAAAAAUAAAAGAAUUUAGCAAAA